AUGGGCGAACUAAUAGGAGCAUCUGCGGGAUCCGCACCAUCCGCUCCAACGAUUUUCUCCUUCUCACCUUCAUCGGCUAACUUCAACCUCUCCAUGCGGGAAUAUCUGAUCACUCACCGGGAAUUUAAUGGUAUAGCAGUUGGCGCCUUCGUCUUCAACCCCGAAGGAAAACUGCUCCUCGUCCAACGAGCGGCGCACGACUCGAUGCCGUCGCUAUGGGAGAUACCAGGAGGAGCAUGCGACUACGAAGAUGAAUCUCUGCUGCAUGGUGUAGCGCGCGAGCUGUGGGAAGAAAGCGGUCUACGCGCCAAUUUUAUCGGUCCCCUCAUCGGCGAAGGCAGGGUGUUCUUCGUCAGGGGAUCCCGGACCAUGUGCAAGUACUCCUUCAUGACUGAGGUGGAUGGGUAUGAAGUGACGUUGGAUCCGAAUGAGCACCAGGCGUUCUUGUGGGUUACCGAAGAGGAGGCUCGGAGUGGUAGGUGUGGCGAUGUCAAAUUCAAGUACACGACAAAGGACCAACGGCAAGCGGUUCUUGAGGCUUUCCAGUUCAGAAAGGGAGAAAAGCCUCGAGUAUGA